CAUCUGGUGUGAAGUGUGAAAGUCUGUCUUGGUGCUUUACAAUCAGUUUGUAACUUUUACUCGUUUUAUUGAUUUCCGUUUCUAAGCAAGAGGAAUAUUUAUUUUUACUUCAAAAUGUUGACAGCUGAAGAGCGAGGACCAGGUUUGCUGCCACAGUAGAAAUAAAGUUUCUAACCGGGAAAAAAUUAAAGGUAAUUAUCUGUCGGAGACUUUAAACAAGACGCGUUUGUGAGACACGAAGAGGAUUUUGUUAUUAUGUCCGAGUGGAGGAUUAGCGAUGACAUCUAGAAGAAACUCUGCGAAACUGAAGCUCCGGCGGUCUUUCAGCGAGCAGCUGCGGAGCUCCACAUCCAAAGCCUGGGAUUUACUCUGGAAGAAUGUCAGAGAGCGGAGACUGGCAGAAAUCGAGGCAAAAGAGGCAUGUGACUGGCUGCGGGCAGCAGGAUUUCCCCAGUAUGCUCAGCUCUUUGAAGACUCACAGUUUCCCAUUGACAUUUCUCCUGUGAAAAGAGAUCAUGACUUUCUGGACAAAGACCUGGUGGAACCUCUCUGCAGGAGACUCAACACCUUGAACAAGUGUGCCUCUAUGAAACUUGACGUGAACCUUCCGAAGAAGAAAAGUGAAGACUCUGAUGAAGAAGACCUGUUUGCUAUCAGUGACAAAUGGACCUUUGAGUGGAGCAGCCGGCGUUGGUCCAGGUUACGAGACAUCGACUGUCUCCUGCACGGCGAGGGUCAGCCCUCCAGGGACAGCGUGCCUCUGAGAACCACCACCAGCAGCGAGAGUGUUCUGACGGACCUCAGCGAACCAGAGAUUUCGUCUUUGCACAGUGAGAGCAGCGGGGGCAGCUGCCAAAGGGGCCUCAGCACAGAGGACUCUGACUGCUCCAACCGCACCGGCUCUGAUUCUGCAGCAAUGCCAGAUUCUACUUCUCUCACAAUGCCUCACAUCCCCAAAGAAAUUACUCACUACGGCUCGCUACCUGAUAAACACGGCAAGACAAGCCGCAUCCGUGCCAAAGACUUUCUAAAGCGCAUGGAAACAUUGCGCUCCCGAGGAACUCUGGGAAGGGGUCGUAAGUCGUUGGUCAUCAGCGCUCCAGUGCUGCAGCAGGAGGCCCAGGUACUGAAGACGCUGCAGUGCAUCGAGAUCAUAAAUGGAGAUGGCGGGGCUCCAGAAAUACCAUCCAACAAAAUUCUGCCAUCCCAGUCUGGUAGUGAGGGAAGCAGCCAUUCUAGUGGCAGCGCUGUCAGCACACCCAGCCUGAAGGAGCGCAAGCCUCACCGGGCCGACCACAAGCGCAGCGGCAUGUAUUUAGAAGACAUGGACAUCUUCUCAGGCACCCAAGUGAACAAAGUUGCGGAGGAAAACCGCAGGAAUGAGUUCUGUUCCUAUGAAGACCUGGUGGUACACAUUCCCAAAGACCAUAAGCCAGGAACCUUCCCCAAAGCACUGUCCAUCGAGAGCCUGUCCCCAACCAAUGGGGCCUCUAUCAACUGGCACACAGGCAGCAUGCACCUGGACCCAACGCUGAUUUCAUGCAGGAAUGAAUCUAGACCAGUCACCCAGUGCUGCACCAGAGGGAGCCGCAUCAGCGUGUACGAUAAUGUUCCUGGCUCGCAUCUGUACGCCAGCACGGGAGACCUGAUAGACCUGGAGAAAGAGGACCUGUUCCCUCACCUGGAUGAUAUCUUGCUGCAUGUCAACGGUCUACAGCAGAUAGUGGACCACUGGUCGAAGAAUGUGUUGCCUGUCGGAGAAGGGCUGGCGCAGGUGGACGGUAAGAGGGAACGUACAGUAGGUCUUCAGUCGUCAAGUCAGAUCACAUUGAACUUUGAGGGAAAUUCUGUCACAGAAAGCCAAAUCACACAAAGUUACGGGGACACAGACAAAGUAUCACUUGCUGAGACAGAAUCUACGCUCCUCAGGGAAAGGAGGGACUCAGGAGUUGGUGCUUCUCUCACAAGACCUAAUCGAUUACGAUGGCCCAGCUUUCAAAUGUCUAAUCGCCUGAGUCACUCAGUGGCAUCGCUGCAGAUCACCAACCAGUCAGCAGGCCAGCUCAGUUUGUUGCAGAAGUUUUCUCUGCUGCGACUUACUGCUAUCAUGGAGAAGUACUCCAUGUCCAACAAACAUGGCUGGACUUGGUCCGUGCCAAAGUUCAUGAAGAGAAUGAAGGUACCAGACUAUAAGGAUAAGAACGUGUUCGGAGUUCCUCUCAUUGUGCAUGUGCAGCGCUCUGGACAGCCGUUGCCCCUCGGCCUGCAGCAGGCGCUACGGUACCUGAGGAGCCAGUGUCUUGACCAGGUGGGUCUGUUUCGUAAAUCAGGGGUGAAGUCUCGAAUUCAAGCUCUCAGGCAGAUGAAUGAGAAUUCUCCAGACAAUGUGAACUAUGAGGAUCAGUCUGCUUAUGAUGUGGCCGACAUGGUGAAGCAGUUCUUCAGGGAUCUACCUGAGCCUCUGCUCACCAGCAAGCUGGGCGAGACUUUCCUCCAUAUCUACCAAUAUGUGCCGAAGGACCAAAGGUUGCAAGCUGUCCAGGCAGCCAUCAUGUUGAUGUCAGAUGAAAACCGUGAGGUGCUGCAGACGCUGCUCUGUUUCCUCAGCGAUGUCACUUCCUCUGUGGAGGAGAACCAGAUGACACCCAUGAACAUUGCUGUGUGCCUGGCACCCUCCCUCUUUCAUCUUAACAUACUCAAGAAAGACAAUCUCUCUCCAAGGGCCAUGCAGAAGAAGUACGCCACUGGCAGACCAGACCAGAAGGAUCUGAAUGAAAACUUAGCAGCAACACAGGGUCUCGCUCAUAUGAUCAUAGAGUGCAACCAUCUAUUUGAGAUCCCUCAUGAGAUGGUUACUCAGUCGCGUAAUUCGUAUGUGGAGGCUGAUUUGCAUGCACCAACGAUUGACGAGCUGUGCAAGCAGCUGGAGGACGGUGAUGGAACGUACCAAACUCAUAUGGAGGGGAGACUUCAGAACCAUCUCAAAGAAGCCCGGGAAAAGUCCAAAUACUGGAUGUCCUGCAGCAGCUCUGAUAACACAGAGCUCUACUAUAAAAAGGUGGGAGAUGGGAACCCUCUGAGGCGCUGGCGGGUGUCUGUUGAGGUGGAAGCACCGCCAUCCGUUGUGUUGAACCGUGUGCUGCGAGAGCGCCACCUGUGGGAUGUAGAUCUCCUGCAGUGGAAAGUGUGUGAGACACUGGACAAGCAGACAGAGGUGUUUCAGUAUGUCCUCAAUCGCAUGCCCCCUCAUCCCAGCAGGGACUUUGUGGUACUCAGGUCAUGGAGGACAGAUUUGCCAAAAGGUGCCUGCUCCCUGGUUUCUGUGUCUGUAGAGCAUGAGGAUUGUCCUUCUAUUGGAGGGGUACGAGCUAUAGUCCUGGAGUCCAACUACCUGCUAGAGCCCUGCGGCUCAGGAAAGUCCAGACUAACCCACAUCUGCAGAGUGGACUUGAAGGGAAGGACUCCAGACUGGUACAACAAAGCCUUUGGUCACCUCUGUGCUGCAGAAGCUGCCCGAAUCCGCAACUCCUUCCAGCCACUAAUCACAGACGGCCCAGAGACCAAAAUCUGAACCUCUUUGCCACUUGUGUCUGCUUAGCAUUGAGAUCAAGAUUGAGCCUUUGAGUCAUUGCUAACAGGCAGACAGGACCCCAGAACUGAAGCACAGUUUAUUCCGUUAUUUGUCCUGAGUAGAAAUGCUUUUGAGAAGAUAUGGAGAUCCUCUGUACUUGCACAAUGACAAAAGAGGACAUCUUAAAGGUGCUAAGCAUAAUUACUCAAUGGGAAAUUAAUCAUCCUGCCAAUGUCCUUAGCAUUAGGAUUUUAUUUACCUUAAUGUUGCUUAACCUGUAUAUUUUAAUUAUUAUCUUUAAUAAUAUUGUAUUACUAUUACUUUAAUCUACAAUGUCUAGGACAUUCAUGCUCUUAAACGCUUCUGGGAAGCAUUAUUUGUUUCAGAUUUAAAGCUAUGAUUAUUAUAAUGUAGUGUCUGUGUAUAUGUGUGUGAAUAUACUGUACAUGCAAGCAAGAUGUAUAUAUUGUAAAUAUGUGAAGGGAUACAUAGUACAUAUGUUAAUAUCCAUAUUGAUUUCUUCACUGUGUCAGCCUUCCUGUAGUACACAUGGUACAAAAUUGUAAACUGGUUUUACUUUGCUUCAGUGUUGUCAUUUUGGAAUGGGUGUAAUGUUAUUAAAUUUUGACCUCCCAUGGUUAUAAAAAGAACGACUUAAGGUUUGACUUGAUCAUACCUGCUUAAGGGUACUGGGUUGUGAAGUCAAGUACAAGAGACAUCAUUUUUUAAUAAAACUGUUGAGAUUA